ACGUUGCAAAGAAUUAACGCAUCCCAUCCGCAGCGCUCCCAGGCGGCAGAAUCGCUCCCAGGGAGUAACAGGCAGCAGUGUCACAAGUCAGUAGCAAUCAGCAGCAUCAGUGUGCGGCGUACACAGAACGCCCCCAUUGCCCCAGCAACCUCAGUGUGUGCGCUCCCUUUUGCGGUGCAGUGUGUAAGUCUUCACAGCGCGCCAAGGAUCCACCAACAGCAACAACAGCGUGGAAAUUCAAAGCAAAAAACACUCACACACAUCAACCAACAAUCGAUCCCAAAAUUCAAUGUGUGUGUGUGUGAGUGAGUGUGACGCGCGGGAUUAGUGUUUUUUAAAUAUAUUAUUUGCGUUGCAUUGCGCCUAAUGCUUGCGUGCUGCGCCGUGUGUCCUUCCGCGCGCGCGCACCUGUGUGUGUGAGGAAGGAAAGCAGCGCGGAAAGCGAGUCUCUCCGGGAGGCUCCACAAGAGUGUGUACGGGGUUUCCCCCCCCCCAACUUCCACUACACACACUCCCAGUCGGUGGAGUGGAGAAGAGGGGCCAUUGUGUGUGUGUGUGUGUGUGUGUGUGUGUGUGUGUGUGUGUGUGCGUGUGUGUGUAAAUGAAAAAAGCGCACCAAGAGCAUCAGCAACAGUGUAAAAAGAUAACACACACACAACAACAACAAAAAAAAGCAAAAGAAAGAUAAUUUCCCCAACAUUGUGAAAAGUUUCUGUGUGUGUGUGCGCGUGUGUGUGUAUGCAGAGUUUUUUAAUGUGUAGUUGUGCCCCCACCCACCAUCGUCGGUGUGUUGGGAAAAAUCUGGGCUAAAAGGACAGAGAGCGUGAGAGAGAGAGAGAGGGGUAGGCGAGCGGGCCUGCCAAGGGAACUCUUGUUUUCUUCUGUUGCUGGUUUUUCCCGGCUCUCGCCUUUCCUGUGCAGAUACAUUUUCCACCGAAGCACAAGGGCUGCGGAAGCUCUGCACUGGCGUGCUGGAUGCGCCCCUAACCAUUAUCGUUUGUGUGUGAGCGAGAGAGAGAGAGAGAGAGAGAGAGAGAGAGAGAGAGAGAGAGAGAGAGAGAGAGAGAGAAAGAGAGUUGUGAGAGCAGCAGCAAACAACAGGCAACAGCAUGCCGAAGAUCUUCCUGAUCAAGAACCGGCUGCACCAGCAGCAGCUGCGGCUGGUGGAGGAGGCGCAGAAAAACACCCACUCCGGGCCGGGCGGCGGCGGCGGCAGCAGCGUGGUCGACGAUGCGGUCGGCAGCGGCGGCGGCAGCGAGGUCGGCAGCAACGAGCCACUGUCGCUGGUGUCCCGCAAGCGCGAGCACGACGAUUCGGCCGAGCACGACAUAUUUAGCGAAGAGAACCGUCUCAGCCCACCGUGCCGGAAGCGGGCGGCCUCCCCAUCGCUGUCCAUCUUUGCCAGUGCGGAGCGGCACGAGGCUGGCGGCAACGCGGCAAGCGCCGCCAACAGCUUCCCCGCCGGUGCCGGGUCGGCCUACAGCAGCACUGCCGGCGGCGGUGCCAGCAGUCUCGCGGCGUACCACCGAAACGCAGCGUUCAGCCUUUACCACAGCGGUCUCACUGCCAAAGAAUCGUCCAUCAACAACACCGCCGCCAGCCACCACCACCAGCCGCGGCUUUUCAUCGGCGGCGGCGGUGGUGGUCGGCGCCCUCAGCCACUGCCGCCCCGUCCGACGGCGGCGGCCUUCGAGAAGAGCAAGGAGGAAGACGCGACCAGUGGCGACGAGCGGCCGGCAGCGCAACGGGCAGUGCCGUUGGUGAGUCAGCGCAAGCAGCAGCAGCCGCCAGCACCGGCCUCAUCACCGGUGACACCCACCUCACCGUGCACAGUCCCACCAACACCAACGCCUCCACCGCCACCGCCAGCAACCGAGCAGAAGGAUGCACGGCCGCCCACGCCACCACCGCCAGCGGCACCGCCCGUCGCACCACCAGCGACGGCGGCGGCGGUCGUGCCCAAACGGCGGCCAACAAUCGUGAGCUCCUCCUCGUCCUCCACCACUACCACCGGCACGUGUCUGCGGGUAACCGAGGGGCCGGCACCGUACAUCGGCCCCCGCCAUGGCCACGUGCUGACGAACGCGGAACGGAAGGUGUACCCACCGACGCCGCCACCACUGCCGCCCACCAACACCACCCCCGCGGUCGACUCAAAGUCGGCGGCAGAGGACGAGGAUGACGAAGAGGAGGAGGAGGAGGAGAAGGAGCAGCAGCAGCAGCAGCAGCAGCAACAGGUCCCGGUGGUACGAGAGGGAACGAGUGACAGCAAGAAGAAGGAGUCGUCCGGCAAGGUAAUUGUGCGCGACGAGCCCGUUCCAACCAUUCCGGGCGGCGAACAGUACCAGCGCCGGCUGCGACUACCCUCCCCGACACCGCCCCCGCCCAAGGAGCGCGUCCCAUCGCCGGCGGUCGUGCGCUGCUCGGUCAUCCAGCGAACGCCAGCGGUGCGCAAGAGCCAGCCGGCGGAGGAGCUCCCAGCAGUGCCGGCGGCGCAGCA